AUGGCUCAGGUCACGCUUAUCACGUUCUUACAGCAGCCACUGGCGGCAGUUCCGGUCCACCCCCCACCCCAGCUAGGCCGCAACACUACCAAUCAAGCAUACAGCUAUCUCGAUAUCCGUGGGCUCCAGAUCUGGCAGGGCUUUAAUCUCGAGACAAUUCUCCAGCAGUACCAUAAUGUCUUGAACGGCGCGGUGAUCGCGGCCGGGCCACCGGGAGUUGGAAAGACUUUCACUGUUGAGGCAACUUCUGAGCGGUUUAGGCUCCCUCUCUAUUCGAUAUCGGCGGGCGAAUUGUUCGCCAAUCAUGGCGAUCCUCUCAAGCUGGACGUGACACUUGACCGAAUCUUCAAGAUCGCUAGGCACUUUAAUGCGAUCUUGCUGCUAGAUGAAGCAGAUGUUUUUAUUGAAAAGAGGUCAGCAUACCAUGAUGGCCACAAUCACCUCAUGACAGUUUUCCUUCGCAAACUUGAAUACUACAAAGAAAUCCUCUUUCUCACAAUCAACUGUCUGAUUGAGUUCAAUGAAGUGAUCCUAAGCUGA